CGUGACUCUGCUCAGAAGAAGCCUUCGCGGGAAAAACCAUCGCCGGCUCAUAGGGCUUUGCUUCUACUUUUUUUUUUUCUUCUUCGCAUUGCUUUCUCCAAGAUUUAGAAACUUUCAAGUUCCCGAUCUGCAUUCUGAUGUCUUUCAAAUUCUGCAUAUGUAUUGAAUGUGGAAGAUGAAUCGGUUGAUUUUGCAGUUUUGUUAGAUUAUGCUCGUCCAAACUAGAAGAAGAGCCUGCUUAUCGAUCUUAGUUGUUAGAAUCUGGUUUUAGGCAAGGUAACUGAAGUUACUUGAAGCGACGAAGGCAGAAAAAGCACCGAGAGUUACGUCUUGUAAACCCGGAGGGGUUUACACUUUACAGUCCAGAGAGUUUGAGUCGUGAGGUAGUGUGUCCAUAACAGGUGUCUUGACCCAUGUAAAGUUAGUAUUUGACAGCUCAAAUGAGAUGCAAUGCAUGCUGGAGAGAAUUAGAAGGGCGUGCCAUUUCCACAACAUGUGGUCACCUUUUGUGCACAGAUGAUGCUAAUAAAAUAUUAAGUAAUGAUGGAGUAUGCCCAAUCUGUGAUCAAGUGCUUUCAAAGAGUCACAUGAAACCUAUGGAUAUCAGUCCUGGUGAUGAAUGGAUAAAUAUGGCCAUGGCGGGAGUAUCUCCGCAGAUAUUGUUCAAGACUUGUUACAGAAGCGUGAUGUUUUACAUUGGGCAAAAGGAACUGGAGAUGCAGUAUAAAAUGAACAGGAUUGUAGCUCAAUGCCGGCAGAAAUGUGAGAUGCUGCACCAGAGAGCUGAGAUGAUGCAAGAAAAGUUUACAGAAAAGCUAGAACGGGUGCAUAAUGCCUACCAAAAAAUGGCCAAGAGGUGUCAGAUGAUGGAACAGGAAAUUGAGACCUUAUCCAAGGACAAGCAAGAGCUACAGGAAAAAUUUGCUGAAAAAUCCAGGCAGAAGAGAAAAUUAGAUGAAAUGUAUGAUCAAUUGAGGAGUGAGUAUGAGUCAGUGAAACGAUCUGCCAUACAGCCUGCAAGCAACUUCUAUUCCAGGAAUGAGACUGAUUUGUUCUCCAACCCUCCCAACAUAAUGGAUGAGAGAGAAACUGGCAGGAAAGGUUGGCCGGUCACCACACCGGAAACUCCAGGGCCCAGAGAGGACGUAUGGCCGGCAAGACAGAAUAGCAAUAACUCGGGUCACUUCGAUCUCUCGGUUGGUUCACCAGCAAAGCAAGCAGUUCUUGUGGGAGAUACAGGGAAUAGAAGGGUUGGAGGAACUCAUCCUGUUUACGGGGUUGGUGCUAAUAGUAACCCGUCAAUGACUUUAAGGAACAUGAUACUGUCUCCAAUCAAACGGCCUCAGCUUUCUCGUAACCGCACCCAAUUAUUCACGCUGUAGGCUCAGAGGAGGCUAAUGUGUACCAUCUCAGUCAAGCGAUCUGGUAUUGUUUCACCCAUCAGUUUAUAGUUUUAUAGUGUUCUAAUAACAUUCUAAAUUUUCUUACCUGGAAACGUUAAAAGUGAAGAGUUGCUAACGGAACAGAUAUACCAAAUGUAGAUUAACGUAUUACUUCUGUUUGCUGAAUGCUGAAAAGUGUGUUUUGUUCUUGAAUCAAUUAUUAUUGACAUGGA